AUUUUUUUUUAGUUUUUGGUAAGACCUUAGUUAAUGCAAAUCCUGAUAAUGCAGAUAAUGCAAAUCCUGUUGUGUCAGGUUCAAUUUCAAAAAUUAAUGAAUUGGCAUUUAUGCAAGAUCAAAAUGCAGUUAGAAAUAACAAAACUAUGGGUUCCAAUCACACUAUUCUGGAGCAGUGCAAGAAUUGUGUUGAAAAAGAUAAGCAGUUAAAAAUCUUGAUCCAACAGGGCCAUAUCCAAAGAGGACUAGUAACUGAGACUCUAAAUGAGGUGAAAAAACUGAAAGAAAUGAUUUUAAAUGGUGUAACAGAGAGUAAAAAUGAAAGAACCAGUUUUUUUCAAAAUGAAAAUUUAGAUUUCCCCAUAAAAACAGAUAUAGAAUUUGAAAAAUUUGAAGAAUAUCUUCAAGAUGAAGAUAAUUUCUCCAAGGCACUCCAAGAGAUAUCUAAGCUGGGUGGACGCAAUGCAUAUGAUUUUAUUAAAAGGGCUUUUCAACUUAUCCUAUCAAAUGACCAAGCUCUAAAAUAUAGUUGGAAGGGCAUGAAAGGAAACAGAAAAUUUAAUGAUACCCGUUUAGCAACGCUGUUGUUAAGAGCCACAGAUGUUACAAGACUAGCAGAUUCUCAAAAAACAAGUGAAUGUGCAAUUCAAACUUGGUUGAGAAGGGCAAGUGACAGGAAGGCAACAGUGUUAAAUAAAACUUUUUAAAAAAUAGGAAAAAAGUUAAAGUUUUCCCUUGGGUUUUCUGGGUAUUCUAACAAAGUUUUUAAUUUAUAACAUUUUAUAAGAGUUAAUUGAUUUUUGUUUAAAGUUAUAAAAUAAUAUAUUUUUUUUUAAUGUUACCCGUCACUUAUAAACUCUAUGAUUGAGAAUACAGUUCAACGUUUGUGAAAUAUACAACAAAUUUUUAUUUUAUAUUUUACUUAUAUUUUUUUAUUUAUAUUUGUAGUAGAUUAAGCAGGUACACAUUGGUUUGUAGUUAAAAUAUACAUAAAAAUAUAAGAAAU